UAGGGUCAUGCAUUGUUUUUAUUCACCAUUUGUUUUCUUUUCUAAUCUUAAUAAUUAGGAAAUCGUUGAUUUGCAAUUGCACAUGAGCAGCUGUUUUCUUUAAUACUCAAGCAGUGUAGUAUAAGGUAACCAGCAUGCUCUCUGCAUAUGCAGAGACAAAAACCUAUCUGUGGUAAAAGAUUCAUCAAUUCAAGAAAGCAGUAGCGACUAUACCGGCUCUAGCCGUCAAGUUAUCUAUGCAGAAAUCAGAGACACAAAAUCGUCCAUAAUGCCGAUAGUACACUGCAAUGGCCAACUGUGCACAUUGAGUUGGAUAAUUCGAAGAGGAGUCGUGCCAAUGCACAACAUAAUGAAAAUAUUUGGCCUGACGUAUGGGUCAACAUGUCCUCUUAUAACAAAGAUUGGAACCAGGCAUAAAAUCGAAAGAGCCUACACUGUUGGGGUUGCUUUACUCAUUUUGGUGUCUGUGAUACGAUUGCUACCGUGUCUUUUUAACAGCAACACUCCCUACCCGAGCUUUCUCAAGUAUGAGUACUUCCUGUGGACCGUGAAAUCAGCAAUUCAGGCUUUUUACUGUAUUUUUAUUGGUCACAGGUAUGGAAGAAAGAUAUCCCGCCUACAAGAGCUCGUUCAUGAGUAUGAUAAACAGAUUGAACGGUACAUGGAUACUGCUGAUCAAAAGUUGAACCGACGGUACCUGAAGAUUUCACGGCUAAUCCUAUUUUUCCUACUGGCUACAGCAAUCAUAAAGAUUACCAUGUUUAUAGUUGUGUCAUUUCUGCCCUUUUUUGAAGACCACUAUAGUGUGACUGCAACCUACGAACCAUUUACCAAUCCUUGCAUCCCCAUCAAGUUACUCUACAUCAUAGGGUAUACCUAUCUCAUUGUGGCUUGGCUCCUCCCAGUCAACCUCUAUUGUGCCCUUUGCCUCAGCCUCUGCUUGAUUUUCGACCAGUUUCUCACGUCAGUCAAGGCAAUUCAUUGCAACAAGAUCCGCAGCCGCAUCAAAUACAUUCGUGAGGAGUAUCAGAAGCUAGAGGGACUGGUUUCUCGAACCGAUGACUGCAUUGGAUUCAUGGCUCUGUGCGUUUAUCUUCUCGAUGUUGUUCUCUGCUGUUUCCAUUUGUAUAACGUGUUCUAUAUCUCUAAGGGACACUCCAUAAACAAGUUGGGCCCUGCAUAUCGUGCCUUUAUCUCUGUUGGCAAUCUAUUUUUCAUCUCAUUUUGUGCAUCAAAAGUUGUUGACAAGGGACAGCGCAUCAGUGAAUACGUUGCCACAAUGAGUGCUGACGAAGUUGAUCUGGAAUCUCACGCACAGCUGGUGAUGUUACUACACGAAAUCUCAAUCCAUCCGAUUUCUUUGACGAUUUGGAAACUUGUUCCUUUGUACAAGUCAAUUGUUAUUUCGGUUUUCGUCAGUCUUAUCACUUACUUCACAUUACUCAUACAGUUCAAAGCUGGAGGCUGAAAGACAGAAGAACCAAAAAGACAGCACAGAUUGAAUGUUACUGGCGUAAUAAUUUGAUAGCAUUAAAAAAGCUUGAUAGGUAGCACUUAAUGUAAGUCAGGGGUUUUUCAUUCGUUACCCAGUAACUUAUGCAGCUUUUGAUAGUUACGCCGUUAUAUUGAAACAAGGAUUUGGGAAGAUCAGCAAAAAAAUUUUUCAUUUUUGAUCAUCAAUAAAUAAACAGACCAAGAAUGAAAACAAUCAAUGAUUUAAUGUUUCAAGAUGGCCCCUUUUGAGGCAAUGACUCUAAUCAGAAGGAGCAUCGCUAAAUGAACUAUCGGAUCGAAAUAGCAGGUUUACUUCAAUAAGAAGUAAUUCAAUAAGAAGCAAUGCUCACUUCGAAAAGCUACAAAAUAUUUGAAUUACAAGUUGCAAAUACAUGACAUUAAUAGAAUUGAAAGAAUUCUUGUCCUUUGUUUCUAAAGGUCGAAUCGGGUCUUGAUUAAAUCUUGUCACCCUGAUUAAAUUACACAGAACCUAAGGUAGGCCAAUAUAACUAAAGAAAAAAUCGCACCUAUGCUCAUGUUAUAUCAAAGAAAUAAUUCUACGCACCUAUCAAAGAAAUAAUUGUACCUAUAAUAAUGAUAAAUAUGUCAAAAGUAUUGAUGUAAAGAUGCCAAAAGGCUCUGUACGCACUAAUAUUGCCAUGUAUCACGUGACUCCAUAUUUAUUGCAAUCUAUUGAAACACAAGUAAAUGGAAAUUCAUAUUUU